CUUUGACUUGGACAGCCAGCUUAGUGCGGGCUUUUCAUCUGCCCCGAAAAUCAGCUAUUUUGUGCUGGGCAACGCAUGGCAACAGGUCGUGCUGUGAACAGAGCUCUGCCUGCCCCGCCUCCACCUGCGCUCCACUGAGCCACUGACUGGGAGAGUUUCGUAUUUUCAUCCAUCGAAUGUAAUUGUUGAUGUGCUGUGUGCUGCUUCUGUCGAGAGUUCCGUGGAAAACAAACUACGCGCGCUAAAAAUACCCGUUCGCUUGGUAGCACCUGCUCACCAUCCCAGCAUCCUUGACAGUCCCACGCCCGCGAGCGUGGCCCAUCCCUACCCCCGUCAGCUGCAGCGCAUUGCCUUGCCUUGCCACACACUUUUGGGCGCCAAAGUCAAAGCUGAGAGAGUGCCAGUGCGGAAUGCUGCGCCUUGGCUGCGUGCAACACUAAUUAGCCCUGAAGUGGGGAUACCUCGAGUGGAGAGGAGACAACAGACACCAGGACGGAAUGCGUCUGCUGCCGCCACAGACAACGGAACAGCCAGAACGAGACCAUGACGAACACAAACACCAUCGAUUACGACUACCUGCUCAAGUUCCUGGUGCUGGGCGACUCUGGGGUGGGCAAGACCUGCCUGCUCUACCAGUACACGGACGGGCGGUUCAACACACAGUUCAUCUCCACGGUGGGCAUUGAUUUUCGCGAGAAGCGGCUGGUGUACAACUCGCGCGGACGUAGACAUCGCAUACACCUGCAGAUCUGGGAUACGGCCGGGCAGGAGCGCUUCAGAUCGCUGACCACGGCCUUCUACCGGGAUGCAAUGGGCUUUCUGCUCAUUUUUGAUCUGACCAGCGAGAAGUCCUUUCUGGAGACCGUCAAUUGGCUGGAGCAGCUGCGCAUGCACGCCUACUCCGAGGAUCCCGAUGUGGUGCUGUGUGGCAACAAGUGCGAUCUGCUGCAGCUGCGCGUCGUCAGCCGCGACCAGGUGGCGGCCCUCUGCCGCCGCUACCGUCUGCCCUACAUCGAGACGAGCGCCUGCACCGGCGCCAAUGUCCAGGAGGCCGUACAGCUGCUCGUUGGCCGCGUCAUGGAUCGCAUUGAGAACGCCGCCUGCAAUCGGGAGCUCUCCCUGCUGCUCACCCAGUCCCGGUGUCUGCCCAAUAUUGCCUAUGGCCCGGAGCUGCUGCGUCUAAACGAGACGAGCGGUGAGCCCUCGGGCCGUGGGCGACGCAACUGUCGCAAUUGUUAAGGAGAUCCACCUCCUCCUCCUCCUCCCCCAAAUCUCACCCAGAGUUCUUUGUGUUUAUCUCGUUUAUGGUUCUACAUGUGUGUUUUUCGAUGUAAAUAAAUGUUGAUUGUUGAAUGGAA